GUUUUUUUGCGGAGUUGGGCUUCUUCCUCUCUGGUUCGUGUCCACCCACCAAACAGUAUCGUUUCCGGAAUGUUCAUGCCUUCGGAAGGUUCAGAAAUCCUGGAAUUUGAUAGCUAACCAUUCACUGAAAACAAUAACAAUUAACUUUGACAGGUGGUUUCGUCAUGAGGAUCUGGUCAGUUUUGUUUACGCUUGAUGCCUCUCGUGUGGACUUGUUUUGCAAUCUUGCUAGCCAACAACUAACAAGUCAACAGACUAUCUUCCAGCUGAUCAAAACAAGGUCAAUUGACGAUGCGUGGUGAUGGCCUGGGAGAUGGACAGCUCACACGGACCAGGGUCACCCCAAAGAGUUCUGCCCAAAACUGAACAUUCCGAGGUCAAACUGGUCUCCAGAGGUCAGGAAUCCAUCCCUACCUCAUGUGUCAAACAGGAGCGGACAGAAUUAUUUGUUACGAACCCUGAGCCUCAGAGGCCAACGCACAUCAAAGAGGAGGAGUAUGAGACCACAGUCACACCCCUUUUAUUACUUACCAAACAGGAGAGCGAAGACAAGGAGAUUCCUGACUCUAAACCAAUGAAACUUGAGCUUCACGAUCCAACCAGCCAAUCAUGUACAGCCCAAGAGGAGGAGAAAGCAGAGCUGAAGAAGUCUGGAGGAGUGUUCCAUCCAAAGAAUUCCGGUCUCCCUAAGCUUCAGGCCCCCUCUCAGCCCUCGGCAGCUGCAGGCUCCAGUCCUGUGAGUAAGGAGGAAGGUGAGACGGAACCAGAGGUACAGGAGGACCAGGGCCCUGGAGACUGGCUAGCCCCCGUAGAGGACGACGAGGCCCUAGGUGAGUCCCAGCGUCGACGGGGCUUUGAGUCCGCCAGCCGCUCUCUUUCUUCCAUCCUGGGCUCCGACUUGGAGUCAGACGACAAGGAGGGGGAAGAGGACCCCACCUGGGCCCCUGCCGACCCCCAGACCCUCCAGGACGACCCAGACGCUGACAUACCCGCUCUUCGAGAGGCGUCCCCACUGUGGCACAGGAAAAUAACAUCAUCGUCACGAGGUCGAGGCAAAAGAGGUAGAGAGGGAGGUAGAGGUGGUGUUUCCUCGUUUCCAGAACCCAAAAAGAAGCCCAAAAAUUUUUCCUGCCAGGAGUGCGGGAAGGCCUUCAUGUCCCGCCGUGACCGGGAGAGGCACGUUCGCACUCAUAGCGGUGAGAAGCCAUUUCCCUGCCCCAGAUGCGACAAACGCUUCAACGACAGUGGGAACAUGCGUAAACACAUGCUGAUCCACUCGGGGGAAAGGCCCCACCUCUGUCCAGACUGCGGCAGGGGGUUCUCAGAGAGGGGGAAUCUCAGCAGGCACAGGGCCCACAUCCACGGCAGUAUGCCCAAGUCCGAAUGUGAAGACUGUGGGAAGACGUACAUAGAGAAAGGAGGUCUGGACCGCCACAUCAGAUCUGGAGCCUGCUCUGCAACAAGAAAAACAUGACAUUUAUAAAUGAAAAAGGGGCCUACAAUUACAGCCCAGUUUCCAGCGAUCAAACUAUCAAAUAUGGAUAGCGACUUAACAGCCGGUGACAAGAGAGCUCGCUGGGAGAGUUCGGUGAUUCCUUACUGAAGGUAUUUUUCGCAGCAUUAGGGGGUGGGAAGUUUCAUGAAUCGAGAGAAAAUAUUGACAUUAUGAAAAACAGUGCGUAUGAACUGAGAAACUGUAGAAAAAUUGAUAUAAUAGAUGAAGAGAUGAUCUAGUCUAUAUUUGUAUUCUACUUCCUAUCAAUACCUAAAAAUAUAUAUAUUUUCAGCCAUUUUAUUUUCGCAAGACUCAGUAAAAUGACAAAUGGAAAUGGAUAACUGAAUUUCAUUUAAAGUUUGUCCUCCCGAAGAGAGCUUUCUCCGUGAGUGCCUUUAUGAGUGGAGACGGAGAGAAGUGCUUUGUGAAUGUGAUGAUCUGUACUUCACUGUUAAAGUAAACAAUCAUGGAUCAAGAA